AAAACGUACGCAGCACAACGUACAGUCGGCACUGCUGCGAGCGAAUUUUCAGUUUUAUACCGUGUUUUGUAGUUAAUUUCAUUGCAGUAUGAUGCGAAUACUGUGUAUUCCAACAUGUUCUACCGUACACCCAAUAAGCGAGUGAAAUUAUGUAAGAGUGUGUAGCAUAAGCGUAAAAAUAUGUGUAUCCAUGUUCCGGGGAAAGCUGAGAACGAGUAGUAGUACCAACUUGUUGGUACGACUUUAGGGCAGUGUUUUCCGCACUUCAAGCUUAGUAAUUCGAAUGGUAGAAUCAGUUUAGUCGUCACCUAGCAGGUUAGUAAAAGAAAAGUUCCUUACACAAUUGUGCGGGCCUAACCAAGCAUGAGCUAGAGUACGGUGUCGUGAUUUAGGGAACAAAAAAAAAUCGGUACCGUAAAUUUGCACACUCAUACAGGUGUACCGGGGAGGUCCUUUCGCUGAAACGAUGCGUAUUUGACUGUAUGUGUGUGUGUGUGUGUAUUAGUGAAUAGUGAUUGCACACUAUUUGGAGUAAAAGCAGCAGCAGUAUCGUACACUAUACAGCGUAAGGAAUUGUAAAUAGCAUGUUUUGAAUGCACUUCUUCACUUCCUUCCCAACGCAUGGCACACGGAACAGUAGCGCCCUAGCGUACGCUAGGACAGUGUGUGGGGGGUGAUUAUUGAUGCACCAUAAAAAGCAUGCAGUGGUAUUACAAACUUUUGGCCCGCCGUCCCCAGCUCGUGCUGGUGGCAGUGGGCACAUUCUCCGUUGCCUGCAUCGUCGUCGCACUGUUCACCCGGAAGCUGCCCGACUUCGAUGAUCCAACACUGGGAUUCGAAGCACGCGGUACUUCGAUUGGCAAGCGGUGGACCGCAUGGCGCAAUCUGCUGGAAGAGACAAGCUCGGCCGGCCGUUUGGUGGCCAACCCGAAAGAGCUAACACUCGGCACGAACAAUCUCCUGCAUAGACCCAUUACAGGAGAGACAAGUUUCCCCAAGCGGCGGAAGAAUAAAUCGAAAAAGAAAACGCUAAACACCGUCGACGGAGAAGCGGCCAAAAAGCACACAAAGUAUAGCAAAAAUAUACGCAUCCUGAAGGAACUGUAUCACAACCAAAGUGCGGCCAAUGGGGAGAUUAUAAGCUUUGAGGAAUAUGACAACGAAACCAUGCCACACCGUAAUGGCCGGCAAGAAGUUUGGGAGUACGGCCGUAACCAAUCGUACUACACGGAGGAGGUCGGCAAUAAAACGAUGGAGAAGAAGCGGGCAAAGUGGGAUACGCUGCGGAAGUUAAAACCACCACCGGAACCGAUUGAAACGCACAUACCGUCCGAUGGAUUCUUCUGCGAGUCACCAAACAAAGAAUACGCUCACCUUGUUGUACAGCGAAUAAAUCACAAUCUAAACGAAAGUAUGUUCGAGCUUAAUGCCUUUCUGGCACUGUGUGAACUUGAGCAGAAAAUUGUCAAAGUGGAACAUUAUGGUGACAUUUGCCAGCGAGAACUAACGUCGGACGAUUGUUGCCGACCGUGGUCCAUUGUAAACUAUGUGACGUUUCUUUCCAACAAAUCGUCCUGUUUCGAGCUGAACGAGGAGGAUGUUGCCAUGGUAAAGACGCUACUGUACGACUGCUUUCAGUAUUAUCACAACAUGAAGCUAAGCAACGACUGCAUUGGAUCGAGAUGUAUUGCACCGAGCGAAUGCAAGCAACAUAACGCCGUGUAUAAUAUACUACACUAUUUAACGAACGUGGAUUUCAUACGGCAAAAUGAAUCUGCUGAAUUUCUUAACGCCACUAUGAUAUUCCUUCCGAUUGCGAGAAGCAUAAAAUCGAUGCAGUAUUACCAUAGCUUAAGUCAUGUUAAUCUUGCCAAUGAUCUUGUAUCGGUUGUUGCAAUGGAUAUGGGCUUGAAAAACGCACUGUUCGAUGAGUGUUUGCUGCGCGAUGGUUGGCUGAUCGGGCUCGGAGGCAUAUUCGUCGUGCUCUGUAUGUGGCUGUACACUGGGUCACUGUUUGUAACGCUUAUGACAGUAGUAGCGGUGGCAUUUUCCCUAGGAAUUGCUUACUUUGUCUAUUCCUUCAUAUUCGAGCUUACAUUCUUCCCGUUCAUGAACCUGCUCGCUGUUAUUGUGGUUGUAGGCAUUGGGGCUGAUGAUGCUUUUAUAUUUCUGAAAAUAUGGCAAUGUACGAUCGCCGAUCGUAUGAAAUGUGGCGGCGGUAUCGUCAUACCGAUCGUCCCUUCCACGUCGUCCUGCAAUUCUGAGGCAAGUGGUACGGCUGGAAUACGCGGCGCUUCUGAUACGUUGGUGGAAAUCAUGGGCAGUACGCUUCGUCACGCAGCGUUAUCAAUGCUGGUAACGUCCCUAACAACGGCGGCCGCGUUUUAUGCGUCCUAUGUUAGCUCGAUAACGGCAGUUCGGUGCUUUGGCAUAUUUUCCGGUACGGCUGUUAUGGCGAAUUAUUUCCUUAUGGUUACUUGGCUGCCGGCCGCUGUAUCGAUCGCAGAGCGAAUAUCCUGUCUGAUGCUGCUGAAACCAUUUGCUCGUGUAACGCAUCGCUGCACGAUUCCAUUCAUUUCGAUCGCACACAUUAGCAGACGUGUUGAGGAUGCUAUAAUAGACUUAAUUAUUAACUUACCCUGGCUGUGGAUUACCUUGCUCGGUACGAUCGGCAUUGCGAGUGGAAUUUUGGUGCUACACUGGCCAAAGCUACGACUGCCGGACUCUCCCGACUUUAAGCUGUUCAUCAGCAAUCAUCCUUUCGAGCGGUACGAUAGUGAGUACAAGGAUAUGUUUUGGUUCGAGAAAAUGUACACCACGACGGAAACGUUCAAAAUUCCGCUCCGCUUCGUAUGGGGUGUACUGCCCGUCGACCGUGGGAACUUUCUCGAUCCGGAACAGCGCGGCGAGCUGUACUUCGACGAGUCGUUCAACAUGAGCGCGCCGGAAUCGCAACAAUGGUUGCUACAGUUUUGUCGCCGCAUCAAAAACCAAACCUUCUACCAGACGAGCUAUGGGUUGCUGUUGCCGAACUGUUUCAUCGAGAACUUUAUUAGCUGGAUGGCCCGGCGGUGUAACGAUUCGAUGGGUGAAAUUGACCGGACGCCGUGCUGUGAAGUUUCACCCUUUCCUUUCGCACCGGAAAUAUUCGACCAGUGUUUGCCGGAAUCGAUCUCUUCGCUGUACGAGACACCGCGUGAAUUUUUCAUCCCAGGUGUGGCAGGACCCAAAUUUGAUCGCAGUUCGUUCGCGGUUGGUGUCGGCCAGCAGGGUACGGGACCGGUCGCCCGAUUACCGCACCCGAACGAUAAGAUCGUAAAAGCGGUUGUGAUUGAGUAUGAAAGUACGCAAAUAUUUACCAUGUCCUAUCACGAGAUCGAGCUGUUUGUGCGUACGGUCGAGGGAUGGCUCGCUGAGCAGCUGCACGAUGCACCGGCCACGAUGGCCAAUGCGUGGUUUAUCAGCGAGCUGGAGUUUUUCGACCUGCAGGACACGCUCUCGACCGGCACGAUGGUGGCAAUCGCGAUGGCAAUGGCGGUCGCACUGCUCGUACUAAUGCUCGUAACGCUUAAUGUGUUGAUCAGUCUGUACGCGAUCGUGACGGUAACGCUUACGAUACUCACGACGGUCGCGAUGCUCGUUCUGCUGGGCUGGAAGCUGAACGUGUUGGAAAGUGUGGCGGUCAGUACGGCGAUCGGGCUGGCAGUUGAUUUCAGUCUUCACUACGGUGUUCAUUAUCGACUGUCGACCGAACCGGAUCGCCGUUCGUCGACGCGCUUUUCCCUGCAGCGAAUGCUCGGACCGACGGCAAUGGCCGCAAUCACAACCGGCAUUGCCGGUGCGCUGAUGCUGCCCUCGAGCGUACUGGCGUACAUACAGAUUGGUGUGUUUCUGGUGAUCGUCAUGUCGAUCAGCUGGUUGUAUGCGACCUUUUUUCUUAUGAGUUUGUUGCGCCUGAUUGGACCGCAGUACGGAUUUGGCCAGUUUCGCUAUCCCAAACUGCGGACCGGUUUGCGCGGUGGUGAUGGUUGUAAGGUGACCACCCAACUGGAUGCUGGCGGAUCGUCGAGAUUGGGUCACCAUCAUCACUAUCACACGUCACACCAUCAUCAUCAGGGCGUUGUGUCGGAACAGCUGCUGUCUAAUUCGAGUUCGGCGGCCGGUGAUUUGGUCGGUUCCGAAUCGCACGAGCUCGAUUCGCUAACGUCGAACUCGAUCAUCAAACCGAUCAGCCUGGACAUUGCGCGCCCGAUCAACUUUGACCGGGCGUUUAAGAAAAAGUAUUCACUGCCCCGGGAGCAGAGUCCUUCCACGGCUAGCGCGAUAACGAUGGUGUUGCCGGAUGAUAUCGAUACGAAAGGUGUUGCUAACCACAGUAGCGGACAGCAGUAGGGCGUUAUGUUUAAUGUUUCAUGGUCAUUUGGCCUGGUGAAUGUGACAAUGGUAAAGCAUGAAUAUCAUACACCCUGAUAUCCUCUUUAUCUCCUGUAGCGUUACAAUUUGUAUGUACUUAGACCGACGUAACAGAGUUUAAACUAGAGUUUACUGUAGUAGGAAAAGCUUAACCACACGCCAAUGGAAUGUGUGCGUGUGUGUGUGCAGUAGAGAUAUGGUUUUUUUUCGUUCCCAUUUUAUUGAGCUUCCACAAACAAUCAUUACUUUUCUUCCCCGCCUGGUUGCCAAAUAGCAUUUAUGGAGCCGUAGUUUAAAUAUCGCAAUUGGUAACUUUAAGCGUUAAGUCCAUUUGAAAACCACUACUAUUAUGGCCAAACCGACACUUAACUAUAGAUGGAUGUUUUUAAAACUGCUGUUGUUCGAAUUUAGUCUUCGUCCCGUUCACUGUCUUUUGGCAGUUAGGUGGAAUCCAGUGGAGGAGAAACGAAAAAAAAAACACAUUUAAUGUCUGUCAUCUGUGGCUGAAAAGAUUGCGCGCAAAAAAACCGCCCCGAUCUCACGUAAUUGGUGUCUGUUGGUGAAGCAAAACCAGUUCUAGUAAUUUAGCGAGCCUAACUUUGCUUCGCGAAACGAAAUGUAAUGCAAUUAGAAAGCGGAAGCACAAUUUUAAAAUGGUACGGAAUCGAUCGAAAAUUCCUGACACUAUCGGACGAUAUCGCGCCAAAAAAAACCCAAGGCAAUGUUUGCACGGGGUCAAUUCAUUUCGCAAUGCAGGUAGCAAAAACAAAUCGAAAAAUUGCGUUACAACUAGGAUACAUAUGUAUGUUGUGAGAGAAAAUUAGUGGAACCACUUUGUGAUACAUAUUAUAUAUAUAUAUGAAUAUAUUUACAGAUCAUUAUUAUUAUGCGGAACGAUUUGUUGGAAGAAACAGGUUUUACAGGCGAAUCAGCAAAGCAACACGUGUGGGUGUGGUGCCGCCCGUUAAUGUGUAUAAAAUUUAAAGCAAGCAACAAAGUUUGAACUAUAGUAGUUGGACGAACGUACAAAAACAAAAAUUACUACUUAUUUUCGGAAACGGUGAGAGAGCUGCAUUAUAGGCAAAUCGGGAUAAGUCGACCAUUCGACGAUCUCGCAGUAUGAUGAGGACGAUGAUAAUGGUGGUAACAGUGUAAGGAAAUCAAAUAGAAUGUGAAAUAAUUAUUAAUCAUCGGUUCUACGGUGUAAUAUGUGAAA